AUGAGCGCCUCUAAUGAUAAAUUGGCGAAAUUGAAGAAACUUCAGGCUUUAAGGAAAGGAAAGAACGCUAAUGAUGAAGAUGAUGAAGACAACUAUGAUAAAAUAUAUGAUGAAAUUGAUGAGAAAGAGUAUAGAAAUCGCAAGAGGCAAGAGUUAUUGAGAGACGACUUUGUUGUAGACGAUGAUGGUCUAGGCUAUGUAGAUCGUGGUGUAGAGGAAGAGUUCAAUAGCGAAGAAGAUUACUCUAGCAACGAUGAACUUGAUAAUAGUACGAGUAAGGGUAACAAGAAACAGCAACCUAAAAAGCAAAUCGGAGAUAUGCUUAAGGCUCAUCACUCCAAAGUUGUGCUGUCUGGAAAACAGUUAGAUAGCAAGAAGAAACAAAUUAAACUGGAUGAUUUUGAUGAUAUAUUGAAUGAAUUCGAUAAUGAGGAAGAUGAAAAACCUAUCCUUACUCACAGAAAGAAUGCAUCUUUAUUAUCAUCUUCUCCAACAGUGAAGACAGCCAUGAAAAGAUCUUUAAAUGAUUUUGAUUCAUCGGAUAAUGAAAACAGAAGAAUCAAGAACAAAAGAGUUGACAUGAACUCUUCACCUCUAAAGAAUCAAAUAAAAAACUCGAUACCUAGUGAAUCGCUAGGAGGAGGUGAUACCGCUGUAAACUCCUUAGAAACCUCUCCCACACGUCAUGUACAGGAUAGCUCCUUGUUAAACGCCGUGAAAUCUGAAUUCGAACAGGAUUCAUCUACAAACAUCGAUAGUGAUGAUAGCGAUGAAGAUAAUGUGAUCGUUACUAAAAGGAAAAUGAGAACUGCAACUGCAGUUCGUAAAGUUAACUUGGACUCUAAAAGCGCUCUUUCAUCCUCCCCUUAUGUUACUACUCCAGGGACUCCAAUAACUGAAAAUAAAAAAUCUAUUGGUAGCUCUGUGGCCUCUUACAGCAUGUCGGGACCGCUGAACUUUGCAACACAGAAGUUUACCAAAGAUCAAAUCAUAGAUCCACAAACUGGUACAUUCAAAAUGUACUGGUUCGAUUUUACAGAAGUCAACAACACAUUAGUUUUAUUUGGAAAAAUUAAACUAUUGACUGGUGAACAUGUAUCAGCAAUGAUACAAAUAGAUGGAAUGUGCAGGGAGUUAUAUUUUCUACCCCGGGAAGGUAGAAAGCCAGAAGAAAUCCAUGAAGAAAUUAUUCCAUUGCUUAUGGAUAAGUAUGGACUACCUAAUAUUAGAGCUAAACCAGAACAUAUGAAAUAUGCUUUUGAACUUCCUGGAAUUCCACAUGAAUCUGACUAUCUAAAAGUUCUGCUACCAUUUAAUACUCCAAAAAGCAGUAGAGACACGAUACCACCUGAUCUUUCAAGUGAGACUUUUCAUCAUGUCUUUGGCGGCAACACCAAUAUUUUCGAAAGCUUCGUUGUACAAAAUAAAAUAAUGGGUCCUUGUUGGUUAGAGAUUAAAGGUGGCGACUUUUCUGCCUUACAAAAUGCAUCACAUACAUCAAUAGAAGUACUAAUAAACAGACCACAGGACAUAAAGCCUAUUGAUAUUAAAGAAAUGCCGGAAUUACAUUGUACAUCAAUUUCGAUUCAAACUGUAAUGAAUCCAAAACAAAACAAGCAAGAAAUAGUAUCUAUCACUCUGGGUACUUAUAAGAAUUUAAAAUUAGAUUCACCUAUACCGGAGAAUUUAGAUCCAACAGACAUUGUUACAUUAGUGAGACCUCCACAUGGUUCUAGCUUUCCUCCUGGACUAGCCACAUUAGCAAAACAAAAACUUGGUGGGCAAGUACGUUUAUUUAACAAUGAGAAAACACUACUGGCAUGCUUUUGUGCUAUGAUGAAAGUAAUGGAUCCCGAUGUUCUCAUCGGUCACCGUUUAGAAGGUGUCUAUCUUGAUGUCCUUGUGCAUAGGUUACAUGAAUUUAACAUACCAACUUUUAGUACGAUUGGCCGGAGAGUCAGAAAAGUCUGGCCGGAUAAAUUUGGUAAGGUCAAUUCGGGUCUAACUCAUUUGUUUAUCCGAGAGAUGGUUGCUGGUAGAUUGAUUUGUGAUAUUGGUAAUGAAAUGGGUCAAUCGCUAACUCCUAAAUGUCAAAAUUGGGAUUUGGCUGAAAUGUAUCAAGUUACCUGCCAAGUUGAUCACAAACCAUUGGAAAUCAACUACCAGAAUACACAAUAUCAAGAUGAUGUGAAUUUAUUAACGAUGGCUCUACAGGAGAAUGUCACAAACUGUAAGAUUGCUGCUGAAGUUUCUUUUAGAAUUCAGAUAUUAUCUUUAACAAAGCAAUUGACAAAUUUAGCUGGUAAUGCCUGGUCACAAACUUUGGGAGGUACGAGGGCCGGUAGAAAUGAAUACAUUCUUCUUCAUGAGUUUGCCAGAAAUGGCUACAUUGUACCUGAUAAGGAAACUCAGAAGAUGAGAAACCAAAGAUUAAGAGCACAAGAUGGAAGCGAUGAACCUGAAGGUUCAAGUAAAAAAUCGAAAUACCAAGGUGGUUUGGUUUUUGAUCCUGAGAAGGGCCUCCAUACAAACUAUGUGCUAGUUAUGGAUUUCAAUUCUCUUUAUCCAUCUAUUAUUCAAGAGUUCAACAUUUGUUUUACAACAGUUGACCGUGAUGUUGAAAAUAUCGAUGAACUUCCUGAAGUACCCUCAGCUGAUAAAGCACAAGGUGUCUUACCUCGCUUACUAGCCAAUUUGGUUGAGCGUCGUCGUGAAGUUAAAAAGAUCAUGAAGACUGAAACAGACCCACACAAGCGUCUACAAUGUGAUAUUAGACAACAGGCCUUAAAACUUACAGCAAACUCCAUGUAUGGUUGUUUGGGUUAUGUGAACAGUAGAUUUUAUGCUAGACCUUUGGCCAUGUUGGUGACAAAUAAAGGUAGAGAAAUUCUGAUGAAUACCAGACAGCUUGCAGAAAGUAUGAAUCUAAUUGUUGUUUAUGGUGAUACCGAUUCUGUCAUGAUUGAUACCAACUGUGAUAAUUACCACGAUGCUAUUAAAAUUGGUAACAAUUUUAAGACACUGGUUAAUGAAAGAUACCGCUUGCUGGAAAUAGACAUCGAUAAUGUCUUCAAGAAGUUACUGUUACACGCCAAGAAGAAGUAUGCUGCUUUGAAUGUUUCUAUCAAUAAGGAAGGUAAGGAGGAAACUGUUUUGGAGGUCAAGGGUUUAGAUAUGAAGCGUCGUGAGUUCUGUCCACUAUCCAGAGAUAUUUCCAUUCAUGUUUUGAAUACCAUCCUAUCUGAUAAAGAUCCCGAGACUGCAUUGCAGGAAGUGUACUAUUACCUCGAGGACAUGAGGGAAAAGAUUGAAAAGGACGAAAUCAGAGUUGACAAGUAUAAGAUCAAUACGAAGUUAUCCAAAGAUCCGAGCGCCUACCCGGGUGGUAAGAAUAUGCCAGCGGUUCAAGUCGCUCUUAGAAUGAGGAAAACUGGACGUAUGGUAAAAGCAGGUACCGUUAUCACAUAUGUCAUCACGAAGCCAGCUGAGGUGGAAAACGGAGAAGCCAGCGGAGCACAAUCCGUUGCUGAGAGAGCCUAUGCUUUAAAUGAGGUAAUGAUGAAAGGUAGUAACUUGAGACCUGAUCCAGAAUUCUAUCUUGAAAAACAGAUAUAUGCUCCCGUAGAAAGAUUACUGGAACGUAUUGAUAGUUUUGAUUCUGUACGUUUGAUAUCAGCAUUGGGACUUGAUUCUAAGAAGUAUCUAAGACGUGGAGGCAUCGAUGGCCAUGGAUCUAAUAGCAAUGAAUUGGAACCAUUAGAGACCACAAUUUCUGAUAUGGAAAGGUUCAAAGAUAGUUCCAACCUGAUUUUGAACUGUCCAAAUUGUAAGAAAGAGUUUCCAUACGGUGGUAUUGUUGCAUCCAAUUACUACCAACACUGUUACAACGGUUUGCAAUGCAAAAGUUGUGAUUACUUAUUCUCGCCAUUGCAAAUGACGUGCCAACUAGAAAGAGCCAUUAGAUCACAUAUUUCUUUGUAUUAUGCAGGCUGGUUGCAGUGCGAUGAUCCAACAUGUGGCAAUGUCACCCGACAACUAUCCGUGUUUGGUAAAAGAUGUCUCAACGAUGGCUGUACGGGUGUGAUGCACUACCGUUACACCGACAAGCAAUUGUACAACCAGCUACUAUUCUUCGAUUCUCUAUUUGACUGUGAUAAGAACAAGAAACGUGAGUUGAAACCACUGUAUCUGGAAGGAGACCAGGACUACCCAUCAGAGAAGCUAUCUGAUACAUCAAUCAACGCCUUAACUGAGCAAAACCGUGAUCUGCUAGAGCUAAACCACUCUAUAGUCCAAAAAUACCUUAGCGAUUGUGGCCGUCGUUACGUCGACAUGGCCACGAUAUUUGAGUUUAUGAUGAACUAA